AUGAGCUAUAAGAAUCCGUAUGCAAACUCGUCCACUGCAAAGUACUCGUCGUCGUCGGCUUUGAUGCUCUCCUCGGGCGGUCUCUCCGACAUGUACUCGUCCAUGGGCAUGGGCGGCAUGUCUGGCAUGGGCGGCAUGAGCGGCAUGGGCGGCAUGUCUGGUAUGGGCGGCAUGGGUGGAAUGGGUGGUAUGGGUGGUGGAGGUGCCGAUGCUACCAUGUACAUGGAGCGCAUCCGCACGCUCGACCGCCAGAAGACCGAGCUGGCCGAGGAGAAGGCCGAGGCUGCGGCCGAGGCCGAGGCAACCGAGAGCCGGCUGAACGGGAUGCUGGACGCGGAGCGGCGGCGGGCGUUGCUGCUCGAGGUCGAGCGCGAUGAGGCGGUUCAAGAGCUUGCGCUGUGGAAGGCGACCCAUGCUGGCGAGCUCCCGUUCGACACGGCCCAGUCGCUGGAGGAGAACGCCAAGCUCUCGCGCGAUUUGGCCAAGGCCAAGAAGGAGCUCGACGCGGUGCGGACCGAGCUGGAGCGGACCAAGGAGCAGUUGGUGCAGGAGAAGCAGAAGAGCGCGCGUCUGCAGGCCUCGCUCGACUCGGUCUCGUCGAUGUCUUCGAUGGGCGCCAUGGGGAGCAUGGGCGCCAUGGGGAGCAUGGGCGCCAUGGGUAUGGACGACUCGUCAGUCGCCAUGCUCCGCAACCAGCACCAGAUGGCAAUGAUGAGGGUUUCGGAGCUGGAGCGGACCAACGCCGAGCUGCAGCGGCGGGUCGACUCGGCGGCUGAUCGAUUCAACGACGAGAAGGCCGACCUGCGGCGGCAGAUUACGCAGGCCGAACAGCGGGCCGAGCGCGAGCGUGAGGCGCGGCUCUCAGCCGAGUCUGGCUCGUACGCGUCGAACGCGGCCACGCUUGUGGGCGCGUCGUCAAACGUCGGGACUAUUGCGCAGCUGAAGAGCGAGCUCAAGGCCGCGCGCGAGGCGCUGGCUACGCUCGAGCGCGAGUCGCGGGCCGAGUCGAUGGAGCUCAACAUCCACUCCAAGGCUGAGAUCCAGAAGCUUGAGCAGCAGGUCCUCGCCGCCAACUCAAACCUGCAGAUGGAGGAGAAGAAGAGCGCGCGGCUGGAGCUCGAGCUGGCAGAGAUCCGCAAGGACAUGCAGCACCAAAGGCCAACUUUGAGCGCGAGCUCAACGACGUGA